GCCGCAACUUCAUGUGUGUUUAGUCACUCAUGCAUAUGUCAUUUUGAGAUAAAUUAUACGUUAGCAGUCUGCGACAAUUAAGUAAUCAAAGCGUUAAAAUUAAGCUGCAUUUUUCUUUUUUUUCGUGUUAACUGCAUGCGGGUUGGUCUCUAGUCGAGACAGUCAUUGCCCGUUUUUUACCCCUGUGGUUGCGGUCUGGCCUUAGCCGCGGCUGCGAAUCAGCUUAAUCUUUUCUCAAUAUCGUCCUGCAUUGAAACAUGUUUAUUUUAUAAAUAUGACGGUGAGAGGGACCCUGUAAACUAAAUGACUGUCAGAAAUAUCGCCUCCAUUUGUAAUAUGGGCACCAAUGCCUCUGCUCUGGAGAAAGACAUUGGUCCGGAGCAGUUCCCAAUCAACGAACACUACUUUGGAUUGGUCAACUUUGGCAACACGUGUUACUGUAACUCGGUGCUUCAGGCCCUGUACUUCUGCCGGCCCUUCCGGGAGAACGUACUGGCCUACAAGGCCCAGCAGAAGAAGAAGGAGAACCUGCUCACGUGUCUGGCAGACCUCUUCCACAGCAUCGCCACCCAGAAGAAAAAGGUGGGAGUCAUCCCGCCCAAGAAGUUCAUCUCACGCCUGCGCAAGGAGAAUGACCUGUUUGACAACUACAUGCAGCAGGACGCCCAUGAGUUCCUCAACUACCUGCUGAACACAGUGGCAGACAUCCUGCAGGAGGAGAAGAAGCAGGAGAAGCAGAACGGCCGCCUCAAGAACAACGGCACGGCCGUCACCACGGAGACGGAGCCCGAGAACAAGCCCACGGAGCCCACCUGGGUGCAUGACAUCUUCCAGGGAACUUUGACCAAUGAGACGCGCUGCCUCAACUGUGAGACGGUGAGCAGCAAAGAUGAGGACUUCCUGGAUCUGUCUGUGGACGUAGAGCAGAAUACAUCAAUAACACACUGUCUUAGGGACUUCAGUAACACAGAGACCUUGUGCAGUGAAUACAAAUACUACUGUGAGGCAUGCUGCAGCAAGCAGGAGGCCCAGAAACGGAUGCGGGUUAAGAAGUUGCCUAUGAUCCUGGCCCUGCACCUGAAACGGUUUAAGUACAUGGAGCAGCUGCACCGAUACACCAAGCUGUCGUAUCGCGUCGUCUUCCCUCUGGAGCUCCGCCUCUUCAACACCUCUGGAGACGCUACCAACCUCGAUCGCAUGUAUGACCUGGUCGCUGUGGUCGUCCACUGUGGCAGUGGACCCAACAGAGGACACUACAUCACCAUAGUGAAGAGUCACGGCUUCUGGCUGCUGUUUGAUGAUGAUAUCGUGGAGAAAAUCGAUGCCCAGGCCAUCGAGGAGUUCUAUGGGCUGACGUCGGACAUCUCAAAGAACUCUGAGUCUGGAUACAUCCUCUUCUACCAGUCCAGGGAGUAAAUGGAUUAAACACCCAGCCAACCAGAGACCGAUAGAGAGAACGAUGGGAACUUUGACCCUGACCCCGGAACCCUGUCUGAGAUGUGUGCCAACACCAUUCCCUAUCCCACGGCCUGCCCUGGGUCUGCCUGCAGUUCAUUUCCCGUAACCCCCUUCCUUCCCUGCCUGCACUCAGCAUGCUGGGAGGACUCUGCCAACUGCGUUUUGCCCUUCAGCCACACGCAAAAAAAAAAACAGUCACAGCAACAAGAACGAGGGGGGAAAGGAAGAUACAACAGGCUGGUGUGUGAUGCCUGUUUGCCUCCACAUGGGGCCAGCUCUUGAGGUCUGGAGUCCCAGCACGGGUCACUCUCCCUGGGUCUGCCUGGCAUACAGAGCUGGCUGGACUGGUACAGAUACAGACUACUGUUGGAAAGAAGAUUGUAUCCUUUAUAUAUCUGUAUAGUAUGUCUAUUUUCACGUAAUGUCACACUCUCAUAAGUCCUUUUAGUAGGGUUAUCCUGUGACCUUAUAUUUGUCCUGCCCAUAGAAGUCUUCUACCUGGGGUGUGGCUAGAGCUGGGAUGGAAGUUCAAGUGAAAGAUAUAAACUAGGUGAGAGAGGGUCUAUGCAUAUGGUGUAGCUGAAAUGCAUAUUUCAGUGUUCACAGUUUAAGCUGGUGUGGAUUAGAGUUGACUUGAGUUGUGACCAAGCCAAACCUAUUCAUUGCGGUGCUGAGAAAAUGUAGUCCUACAGAAGACGAGGCUGCAUGUACAAACUACAGCUCUACUAGUCUCUAGAAUAGUCUGGUUUAGUUCAUGCCCAGUUCAUUCUCUGUCUAGUCCUUGUUGUGUAAAACGCUAUUUAUUGCUCUUAUUUUAUUCAUGUUGGGGAGUUGUAAUGUUGAGUGUGCUGGUAGGCGGAGGAUAUUGUGUGUCAGACUCCAUCUUGUCUUGUGUAUGUGACGUCUCCCCCUUACAGAGUCCUGUAGGUAAUACAUACAGAGCUCUCUCUGGGGUUUGAACUUUCACAACGUCUUUCUUUUUUAGCGAAAGUUUGAAGUACGUGGACAGCUGAGCUCUGUCAAAACAACCACAUGAGGUAAGACGGAGGGAUCAAAAUCCACAGUUGCAACUGGCAAGGCGUCCUUGAACUGUACUGUUUUUCACAGUGAGAUUGGUGCAAUAGGAGGAGGUGAAAUGAGCUGAUAAGAUGUUGACUUCCCUGUUGAAGCGAAUAUAGAUAUUAAAGGUGGAACUCCUUUGCUAGGUGCAAUAUGGGGCUGCGGUUCACACACUGCAAACGUUGGUCUGAUGUUACUUAGAACCUUUUAGUUCUUCUGCAGUGACACCAUAGUCUGAAUAUUGAUAUUGGUCAUUCCUAUGUUGAAGUCUUUACAUGUGUUCUAUCACUGUUUUGUUUUGCCUCGUUGUCCCUUCCAUUGUUAGGCACUUGACUUGGAACCAAUGGUCUUUACUCAGAAGCCGUGCCUGGCAAAUUCUUAUAUUAAGUUGGGUUUAGUGUAAAGGUGACCAGUGGUCUAUAUAGACUGAUGAUUUACCAUCCCAUGGUUAGGGCCACGUACUGUAGAGUAGAACUAUAUCAAAGGCCAUAUAGAGGUAUUUGAAGAAUCAGUGCUGCUCAGACUGUCCUAUGGCACUCUAAUUCACUGUAAUACUGAAAGAAUAAUGACCCAAGUGCAUCUCGCUUUAAAGAGAUGCUCCGGAACUUUGGCGACUGAUAAGUAUUCUUUCAACCUCCCGCUUUGGGCUAGAUGUGUCAGUGUAGUUUAUACAUGCAGAAUUACUAUUUUACCUAAAUUAGCCACAAAAUCCCUAGUUUGAAAGCGACUAUUUCUGGAAUUUGUGCUGCGCCAUUUUCCUACAGCCCCCUAGCAAUUCGAGUUCUGGCCAAUGAGCUUCAGACCCUCGCCAUUUGAGUAAAAUCUGCACAUAUGUGAUGUAGUACAGCAUUUUCACGGAACACUUUUGUCUCGUGAGAGCUACUUUCAGAACUACUGGAUAAAAAGUAUACAAAUGUACCGGAGAAUCUCUUUAAAUUAGAAGUAGAGAUGAUUUGGGUUAUGUGUGAGGUUGAGUGUGCCUCCUUUUUUAUGUGAGGUAGCAUGUAAUGUGUGAGAGUGUGUUGAGGCAUCUAGAUGGUUAAUUGACUAUUUCCUUCUGUUUAGUAUAACUGAGUAAAGUCAAUGAUGAAUAUGUGCCAAUCUGGAGUCACUAAUGACCUUGCAAAACUGGACAGGAACUCUUACAGAACACUAUUUUCUCUGCUAAGAUACAAGUGUACAUACAUUAUGUAGGAAAUAUAUUUUUUAAAACCUAGAAGCUUAAACACUAAGAGAAAGAGGAGUUAACUAGAAAAUAAAAACAAACCCUGUAAAGAAAUAUGGAGCUGCUUUACAAUCAGUCAAUCACAUAAUCAAUUCAUCACACAAUAGUUAAACAAUCGAGGAAUGUCACAAUCAGUCACAUUGGGGUUCAAGAGAACUAGCCAGAGCUGUGUAAGGCAUUUUAAACGUUAUGAUGGGAAGAGAUACUGUGUGCUAAUCUUCCAAUUACUGUUCUGCACACACCCUCGCUCAGAUGCUGUCUUAUUGCACUCCUAACGUGGUCUCAACAGUCUAGAAAUGUGAAGUGUUCUACCUAUGGGACUCUGGUGCAGUGCCUAGAGAUGAAUACGUACUGUACUAGCAUGUCUAUGUUGGUAAGAGGAGAAGUUGAAGGGAGAUCCAGGCACUAGCUAACUCUCAAUUCCAAUGAGUUGUUUGUAAACUGAAAGUGCACUUUACUAGUGAUGAGCUUAAAUGCUUUAAUGAGAGCCACAGUCUGAGUACUUUUUGGAUU